AUGGCAGCCACGAAUGAGAGUGAUAGCAGUCCCGUCCAAUUAAUGGGGUCCCAAAUCUUUCCAAGGAGACGAUGCCAGCCGUUGCCCAAGUCCUGGAAAUGUGGGGUUUUACCGAUGCCGGGAGCACCUCCGAUGAAUAUCGAAGCUGGCUCCAAAUUAUGCCGAGAGCUUCCACCUUGUCAUACUGGUCAAAGGAUGCCUUGCCAAUUUGGUAAUUUUAACCAUCACGAACCAGGGACACCCCCACCGCAUUGUAAGGCUCCUUCAGAACUCCGGGAGUUCUUCUCUCAUGGCGUCAAGGCCAAUGAGUACGGCUUGCUAUACAACGAUGGGUUGGUUAGUCUUCGAUUGCGGCGCUUCCAGAUGGCGGAGGAUUUCUAUGAGCUAGCAUUCAAUGUCAAUUGGGAGAAGUUUACCAAUGAAGGUGUCUCCAAUAAAAGCACUAUUCCAUCCAACAGCCCGACCAAGCUAAUUCUAAGUAGAGAGCAAGACUACAACCACCGCUCAACUUACUCCAUUAGAACUUACCUACACGGCCUCCUCCGCGCCCGAAACGACACCUUCACCAUCCAGAACAAGGUGCUGGAUGCUACUUGGGGGAGGGCUUUCGUGGCAGAGAAUGGCGCGAAUGAUAAGUUCACUAUCGAGGAGGUUGUUGAGCUUGCUCGGGAGGAGGUUGUGAAGCAGGGGCUUGGACUUUUGACUGGGAUGGGACUAGGUCGGAUAGAUAUUAUGAUUUCAAGUGACCGACUGAUAGGCAAGUACGAUAUGGUAGCCGGGUUUGCCACUUCUCCUCUGCCCAUGGCUGGCGCACGUGAGUCAAGCAAUCGUAAUACCAAAUCUCUCUCUCGCGCCUUUGCAAGCCUUAGAUCUCAUCUCACCAUCAAUUCGCCCCCAAUCGACAUGAUAAUUAGCUUCGCGUGCACGGAGUGCCUGGGGUGCAUUCGCGAUAACAACAUCAUGUCCUGGAUCAAGGACUUCGCUAAUUUUCUAUUGGAUAAUGCCAAGCUGCCCCACCGAGGAUGCUCACGACCCACGCCAGGGUCUGCUCGUGAGUGGGGAUCGAAAACAACUGGUGUAAACGAGGGUUCGCGAGUCUUCUUCUGGCGUCAAGGUGGGAGUCCGGCACUCUUCACAAAGAGCGUUAUCCUGGCAAAGGCAAAGAGCUGUUUGUACACCUGGGGGUGCUCGGAGAGUCCCGGCGAGGUCCAUGGAAACCCAGAGCAAAACGGGUUGGAUGGCGAUGUAUUAGGCACGGCGCGUUUUACAUGCGGUCUCUUCUCUAUCGCUGGUAAUAUCUGUCCGGGGAAUUCCCCCUUCGGGUUUAGUACAGUCAUUGCGCUUAUCUACAUCAGGAAUAGCGUCUCAUCUGAUUGCCUCGACGCUUUAGACGUCUAUAAAAUGCUCGCCUUCCCCUCAUUAGGUUCGCUAGCCCGACUACAGUGCCUCCGCCGCUUUCUCAUCAGCGCCCUCUCCAAUAUCGACUAA